UUCACUGUAUUCUUGUGCGUGGUCGAGGAUAUCGGGAAGGACGACCGGAUAUAUAGCGCCUGACCCACAAUGCAUUGCACACACGACCGUGGAUACGUAACCAGACAACAACGCUGCACAAAAAGUUGGUGCUAUGUGUUGACACUUCCCCGGUGCCUCGCAGCGCGUUUCGGUCCACUAUCUGAAUUCAGCCGUUCACUCAAACAGAAGGCAUGAGCGCGCUUCGCAAGGUGGUGAGCUACGCGUGGUGCGCGCUGGCAGUGGGCGGCGGGCUGGGACUGUGGUACAUCGUGGUACCGUCCGAGGAGCGCAAGAAGGAGAUGGUGAAGAACCUCCCGGAGGCGAACCCGCUGCGGGCGGAGGAGACGCGCCGGCGGAACGCGCUGAUGAUGCAGGUCCUGAAGGAGGCCGCCGAGACCGACGCCAACCUGGCCCGGGGCAUCGGGAGGUGAGAGGACCGGGGAGCCCCAGGUCCACCUGCCCCCCGGACCUGCUGGGACCCCCAGAGCCACCUGGACCCCCUGGGCUGAGCAGGGCGGGGCCCUGGCUGUCCUUCACCCACAUCAUCUCACCCUGUUGCUGCUCUGCUUGAAGCUAAUCAGAGCUCCAAGAGUCUUGAUGCUGGUCAGAGGGUUGACCCUGGAUUAAACUGGUUUAAACUGGACUGAAGCCCUCUCUAGGUGUUCUAGAGGGUUUAAACUGGUUUAAACUGGACUGAACCCCUCUCUAGGUGUUCUAGAGGGUUUAAACUGGUUUAAACUGGACUGAACCCCUCUCUAGGUGGCUGUGUUCCUCUGAUGUGAGGACGUAUGAUAAUAUAGCAUAAGAACCAUAACCAUAUCAACCGGCACUGUGAGGAAUAUUUCAACAUGUUUGUGUGUUUUGGUUCAGUUUUAUAUAUGUCAUUAAAAGAACAUCUGUCAACUCCA